AUGGAGCUGGCCGCUGGGCAAUGGCUGCUGCUCGGACUGUGCCUGGUUGGCCGCGCGCUGACCUGGCCGGAACAGGAGCAGGAACAGGAGCAGGAGCAGAGAAUCGUUGAGAGGUUGUCGCAUGUGCUGCAGGCGAUAUUCAAUGCGAACCUGAGCAUCUCGGUGAGCAGCGUCUAUCGCGAGGAUCUGCCGUUGGCGCAACGUCGUCUCGUGGAGCGCGUCCUGGACCGCAGCUGGCCGCGGGCGGAACUGUUGCCCGCUGUGCUGGACAGGCAGCUGCAGCCGGAGCUCAGCCUGCGCGUCCAGCUGCUGCUGUUCUUUGUGCUGGACGCGACGCAGCUAAUUAGCGCCGCCAACCGGAAUCCGCGCGUCAGCGUUACCCACAAGUACAAGUAUCUGAUCGUGCUGCUGGCCAAGCCGGAGGCGGCGGCGGCGUCGGUCGCCUGGCAGCGGACGCAAAUGCGCCACAUCUUUGGCUAUCUGCUGCGGCAGCGCUACAAUGUCGAUGUGCUGCUGCUGCUGGCGGAGCUGACAACGGGCGGCAACGUCACCAGCUACAGCUAUGCGCCGUAUGCGGCGGCGCCGCAACGUUGCGACUCGACGGAGCCGCUGGCAUGGCCGCUGCAUCAGGCGCAGGCGCGGCGGCGGCGGCUGGAGCAACUGUAUCCGGGCGAUAAGCUGGCCAAUUUGCACGGCUGUCCGCUGCGCGUCAUUGUCUGGCAAAUCCAGCCGUAUAUGCAGCUGCAUCCGGACGGACGCAUCUCCGGCCUGGAUGCGGAGAUACUGCAGCUGCUCGCCGUGCGGCUCAACUUCAGUUUGGCUCUGGUGGCCAAUGAGCCGCCGGAGCUGAUUGGCGGCGCCAGCUAUAUGAACGGCAGCAUGACCGGCGCCUUUCGCAUGCUCCGCGAGCGUCGGGCCAAUCUGACGCUGGGCUUCACCGCCUGCCUGGCGGCACGCUAUAAGUUUUUGGCCAGCACGCUGCCAUACGGCCAGGUGGAAUAUGUUCUCGUGUUGCGCCGAGCACGGCCGUUUAGCCUGUACGAGAUUAUGCUGUUGCCGUUCGAUCGCUCGGUCUGGCUGCUGUUGUUCGUGCUGGCUGCAGUGCGUCCGUUGUGCCGGCGGCUGCCGUCGCAGCUGCAGCUGGCCUGGCUGCUCUUCCUCUUUCUGCUGCGAUUGAGCUACGAGAGCUGCGUGUUCGUGCUGGUGCACAAUGCACCGCGACGCCCGCUGCCGGACAGCCUGGAGCAGGCUUUGCAGCUGGACUAUGGCUUCAUUGUGGACCAUGCCACGUUUAGGAUGACGGAGCUGCUGCCGGUGCUGAAGGCGCGCACCAGCAUUUUGCCCGGCCAGCCGGUGGACAUGUUCGAACAGCUGCUGGCCCAGCCGCCGGAGAGGCGGAUCGCCGCCAUCAGUACGCCGCAUUUUCUGGCCCACUAUCUGAGCGGGCGGCGCGACCAGCAGCCGCUCUUUGUCCUCGCCAGCCGCAAGAUCAUGGACAACAUGGCCUGUGUGCACUUUCCGCUCGGCUCCUAUCUGACCGCCACCGUCGAUCGGAUGCUCUUCUAUAUGCGCAGCUCCGGCAUCAAUCAGCAUAUCGCCAAUCGCCUUACAACCAUCUUGGCCCGACUACGUCAUGGGCGUGCCACCGCCUCCAUAUCGAGGGAACAUGCGACACGGUAUAAGGAGUCCAUGCGUUUCAUCUAUGCCGCUCUCAAUUGCCUGCUGAUCGGCGAAUCCAUCACGCUCGUCAUAUUCGCCUUGGAGCUGCUCAGCCUGCGUCUGCCCUGGCUCGCCAGGCUCCUCCAGCGUCUCUGA